GUGCUUUUAUAUCGCAGCGCCGUUACUCGUGGUCACUGUACAAAAUAUUUCUUAAGACGAUAUCCGCCCUCCUCGGCUCUCUCUUAGAGCUUUACGAUUCGCGUACCGUUAUCGGAAGUCUGCUCGAAGCACAGACUACUGGGUUAUAGCGGAUCGAAUUAAUAACGAAUCCGCCGGUGAGUCGAAUGUUUUGAAUCCGCGACGCCAUAGCAACCAAAGGGGUAGACGAGGUAGGCGGUACCGAGGUAUCAUCAGGUAAUUCCUUUUUCUUGGUAAAGUCGUGACGACGACGAAACGACAAUGUCUCUGUUCAAAACGAAAGAAUGGUGGCGAACUAGAUGCGGGGCAGACGAGUCUUUCGAUGGACACAGUCUACUGGCGACGCCAUUGUUCGGGGACGAUAGAAAAGAUGUGUUAGUGGUUGGAAGCCACGAUGGUUAUUUGAGAAUGUAUUGUCCUUCCUCGCAAUGGAUGGACGAAACGAAAUCGCCGACCAACUACAAGUCUACGGACCAGAUGAUCGAGACUCGAAUCGGAGAUUGCAUCGUCGACAUGAAAACGGGGAAAUUCGUCUCAGGUUCCCAGGAUUUACGUCUGGCAAUACUAACGUCCUCGAAGCUACUCGUGUACAACGCGAUUUUAACCGACGAAUCGACAGAAUACGGGGACCGUUGCGACUUAAAGAUCGCCUACGAACACGCUUUACCAAGAUUUCCAGCAUGCCUGACGGUGGGUCCGUUUGGCGGAGUCCGCGGCAGGGACUUUCUCUGCGUUCAAUGCUUGGACGGCACGCUUCUGUUCUACGAGCAAGAGGUGUUCGCGUUCGGACAGGUUCUCAGGAAUCGGUUGCUACCCGAGCCGAUCGUCUACGUAUCCCGAUACGACUUGUUCGUGGUAGCCGGCUCAUCUUGGUUCCUCGAAUGUUACAGGUACCAGAGCAUGGCGGAGUCGAGGGGAGAAGGCACGGAACGAUCGGGAGAGACGAGCGAGUCCCAUCGGGGCUUCGAAGCAGGCAACCUGGAGCCGGAUUGGAGUUUCAACGUCGGAGAACCCGUUCGCGGUAUCGAAGCUGUUACUUUGAGCAGCUUCGAGGUUGGGAUCGUGGUUCUCGGCGAGAAACACCUGUACUGUUUGAAGGACAACUGCGCGGCGAUCAAGUACGCCAAGAGGCUCGAGUACGAACCGCUGUGUUUUCGAGCUUACGUGAUCGAACCGGACGGGAAAUUGAUGGUGCUGGUAAUCUCCGACACGAGCACUCUGAUGAUUUACGAGGGCAGCGCGCUCAAGUGGUCGGCACAGCUGCCUUUUGCCCCGGUCGCUGUCGCGAGAGUUCAACUUCGGCACCUGCAGGGGGCGAUCGUCGUCCUGUCGGAGGACGGUCGUUUGGAGGCGUGUUACCUGGGUUCGGAGCCGAGCUUGUUCGUCGCGCCGCCGCUUCAUCCACGCGGAUACGAUUACGCGGCUGCGGAGGAACGACUCGCGGAAUUGCGAGCCCUCUCGAAAACGAGCAAAGAAUCUGGUCAGGAUCGAAGCAGCGACGCCACCGUGGACGCGGAGUUGAUAGUCUCGGUGAACGUCUCGCCGGAGCUGCAACCGCGCGCGACGCGAUCCGAAACCACGAACGAUUCGUUGCCGGAAGAGGAAACGGAACUUGGACAUCCAUCGAGCUGCAGGAUCUCGAUCGAACUGUCCUCGUAUGCCGCUCUCCGAGACGUUCAGGUCUCCGUGGAUGUCCGUCGACCGCUGAUCGUCUCCAAAGAUUUUUACGCGAUUUCUAAUUUCCGCGAUCGUCACGCGACGGAGAUCGAAGUCUACGUGGACGGAGAUUGGCCUGCGAUAUCCUCGGAAGUCGAGGUAACCGUGACUUAUCGGACGGACAACGGUAACCUCAGGACACAUCGAAAAACGGCUCGAUUACCGUUGAAGAUGAUCCUGAGGAGUUGUCCACCGGAGAAUGCGGCUACGUUCGCGACCGUGAUCAAGAGCAACGACCCUCCCGUCAGUUUUGGUCAGCUGUUUCCCGAAUUCGCCGAAAAUCAGACACGGAAGCAGGGUUUGAACGCGUUGGGAUUGCGAUACGUGCACACCGGUCGCGUGGUUACGAUCGUUUCCGGCAACGCCAGCAACCGAUACCGCGUGCAAUCGAACGACGGACCAUCGACGACCUUGGUCGUUCAGCUACUGAUCGACAGGCUGAGAGAGAGAAGCAGCGGGAGCGGAUUCGCGAGCAUCCAACAGAAUCACGUUCAACUGGUGCACCUUUGGAUAGAGGCUCACUUUCUCGCUCGACGAGAAUUCGAUAGGAUAACGGUGCGUUCUUUUGUCUCUCCCUUUUUCUCCCUCUUCGUCGCAAUUUCAUUCCGCGACCGACGUUUUCGUUCGCGCAAACAGAAGGAGAUCGGUUUGCUGACCACUCAGCUGAGGAACGUCGAAAGGAGGAUGUUACGGACGGUGAGGGAGAGAAACGAGCGAUCGUUGGCCGACACCGGAUUGCCGUUUCUCUUCGAGCAGACCUGCCACGCGAUCUUUGCUCUUCUCGAGGAACUCGCCGUAGCGAGAGCGGAACGGGAUCGAACCGCUCACGAGCUGCGGUGUAGCUUGAAACUGUUGCUGCUGUUGGUUCGAUCGAACGCGGAUCGCGACAAGUACGCCGCGCUGGAGGCAGCGAUCGGCUUCGAGCCGCGACCGGCGGAACAGUUGGACUGGGAGGAGAUCGCCGACGCGGCGUUGACCAACCUGCUCGAGAACGUUUCGAGAAAAUCAGCCGUAACGGAGACGAAGACCGUGUUCCGCAACGGCAUCGCGCCUAUCGCUACGAGCAAAGAGUUGGCGAAACUAAAGAAACGUCUGGUCCGCGCGAUCGAGCGACUCGACGUUUCCAGAGGAUCGGACAUCGCGGAGAUCGAGCCGGGCAGCGGCAACGAUCUCGCGUCCGCUUAACGAUCGAUCGGCCAACGAAGCGCGCUUCCUCGAUUUCCUCGUUCGAGCAUCGUGGAAAUCGAGCGAACGCGGAAAACGCGUCCGUUGAAAGCGAACGGCGGCGAACACUCGGCGGAGAAGGUU